AUGAUGCGUGGGGCCACAGAAACGUAGUUGCAUUUGAAGCCAUACUGCAGAAGCUAAGCUAGUGGCCAUUAUCUAUUCUUCUUCUCCCUCUUCACACGGACAGACGAACAGAAGAAGGGAAGGGCAGAGAAUGGCAAUAACUCUUGUCUCAGUUCCAACUAUCAAUCAGACCCUUUCCUCUCAACGCCCUUAUAAUACUAACCUGAAUACUCUAACUCUCACUAGAUACUCUUCUAUUAAGUCCAUCACCUUCAUUAAUCGUCUUUGUUCCUCUUCUUCUUCCUCAACUUCUGUUGUAGAAGAAGAUGGUCCUGCCUCUACACCUGAUGAUCUUCCUGUCCAAUCACCAUUACCACCUGUAAAUGCUGACGAGGUUCCUGUCGGCGGUUGUAAGGCCUGUGGGAGACAGGAAAUUGAAAAGGGUUGCAAUGGAGAAGGGAGGAUUCAAGGCGGGAUCGCAACAGUUUCAGGGUUUGGUUGGUGGCCAAUCAAGGCUUACAGGCCUUGUCCUGGAUUUGUGGCAUCUGGUGGCAGGUAUAGGCGACAAGGGCAGAGCAUGGAUGAAGUUGUCUCCGGAAGGGGGAAUCCAGGAACUCCUGUAGGAAGCAGCACUGAGGUUGAGUCCAGGACUCGCACAAUGCGCAGCUUCCUGAAAGACUGCAAUCUUUGGCGCUAUGAUCGAAAGCAGCCUGAGAAGUUAGACAAAUGGGAUAGCAUCAGCCAUUGCAAUAUCCACUGGUUUGGUCACCCGUCUAACAAAUACAUUAUAGUGUUGCUUGGACAAUUUGAGGUUGCCAGAGGCCUGGGAUAAUCUAGAGCAGAUGUAUGCUCCUGUACCCUUUACUAACCGAUACCCACUCGUCUAGGUUCUUCAUAUGUGAAACAAAAACCUGGUUUUAGCAAUUGUUUAUUCUGGAAUGAGUUGUCUUUGGCAUCAGUUAGCUGUAUCUGAAUCUCAGUGGAGUAGUAUUAACGAUGCUGUGGAAUACUGCUAUCAUAUGAGACUUCUGGGAAUUCCUGAUAAGAGCUGCUCUUUUGCGCACAAAGGCUCCACCUUCAUGAGAUAUUGCUGUUGCUGAACUUAUCUCUGCAAAGUCGCAACUUAAUUUUCUUGGAAUGAGCUGCUUUUGCACACAUCAAUUAGCAUCUAGAUUUACUUUACUUGCUUAUCGUACAUGUUCAAUUAUUAACCAUCUCAUCAUUUGCUGUCUCUUCUAGGCCCCUGCUUUUCGUCCAUAUCUUUGUUGAAACUUUCUGUAAUUUUGUGUGCUUUCUUUCUGUUAGCAGUUCAUCUUUUUUAAUUACACAGAGAAGUUGUAUUAUGUUGGGAAGCAGCUUUAAACAAUUGCAUCGACUUUGUUCAAGUGCAAUAAUAGUUAGCCAUUACCAA